AUGGAGGAAGUGGGUCCACACCAGCUCGCGGUGGGACAGCAUCAGGAAGAUGCUAACCUGCACCAGGCAGAGUCAAGGGGCUCCCAGCAUGGUGAUCCCCGAAGGAGUCCCGAACGGAGAGAAGUCCAUAAAGGGAGUGUACGUACAACUCAUACCACUAGAAGCCACUCUCGUGGGAAGAGUCACGUCUCACGUGGGAAGAGUCACGUCUCACAUGCGAAGCAUGAUGGGAAUCUGCAACGUGAGAUUGCAGAUUUGAAGAGAGAGUUGCGCCUUGCACGGCGGGAGCGCUCCCCACCUUGUCCCGAACCAUCAUCGAAGGAGUCGGAUGGAGCUAGUUACAGGCGGAGAUCGAGGACUCCGCCAAGCGAAACUUUCUCCUAUGAAGAGAAGCACCGCCAUCGACGUAAGCGUAGAAGUCCACCUAGUAAGGGCUUGGGAAAUGAUGCCAUGAACAAGGCCCUGAGUCAAAUUUCCAAGAAACAUAGACGAUGCGAUUCAUCCUCGGCGAUUCCAUCAGCCUACGUUCUCUCUAUAUGA